AACAGCCUCACACCUCGCAAAUCUCCUCUAUCCCCGUGUCCACCACUCAUCACUGGCCCCUCUCAUCUCCUCCUUCUCCGCCACCAAUGGCCUUGUCUGUUGCCACCGCCGCGGCCUCCACGAGCACCACCUUUGCGUCCGGCCGUCGCUCGACCUACUCUCAGCGGCUGCCCUCGCAGUCGCUGUCGUCGUCGUCCUUCCCGAGCGCGUUACCGCGUGGCUGUGCUGCGAGGAGGCGAGCGGCGCCGGCGUCCCGGGCCGCCAUCACGGUUCGCGCGCAGGCCAAGAAGAGCGUGCUGAUCGUGAACACCAACAGCGGCGGACAUGCCGUCAUCGGAUUCUACUUCGCCAAGGAGCUGCUCGCCGCCGGGCACGCCGUCACCGUGCUCACCGUCGGGGACGAGGGCUCCGACAAGAUGAAGAAGCCGCCGUUCUCCCGCUUCUCGGAGCUGACGAGCGCCGGGGGCAAGACGGUGUGGGGUGACCCGGCGGACAUCGGUGCAGCCGUCGGUGGUGCGUCGUUCGACGCCGUGCUCGACAACAACGGCAAGGACCUCGACGCUGUCAAGCCGGUGGCGGACUGGGCGAUGUCGGCCGGCGUGGGGCAGUUCCUGUUCAUCAGCAGCGCUGGUAUCUAUAAGCCGACGGACGAGCCACCGCACGUCGAGGGGGACGCCGUGAAGGAGAGCGCCGGGCACGUCGGCGUGGAGAAGUACAUAGCCGAGCAGUUCAGCAGCUGGGCGUCGUUCCGGCCGCAGUACAUGAUCGGCUCCGGCAACAACAAGGACUGCGAGGAGUGGUUCUUCGACAGGAUCGUGCGGAAGAGGCCGGUGCCGAUCCCGGGAAACGGGAUGCAGCUGACCAACAUCGCCCACGUCCGGGACCUCUCCAGCAUGCUGGCGCUCGCCGUCGAGAACCCCGGAGCGGCGGCCGGCAAGAUCUUCAACUGCGUCAGCGACCGCGCCGUGACGCUGGACGGCAUGGCAAGGCUGUGCGCCGCUGCCGCGGGCGCCGACUUGGAGAUCGUCCACUACGACCCCGCCGCCGUCGGCGUCGAGGCAAAGAAGGCCUUCCCCUUCCGCAACAUGCAUUUCUACUCGGAGCCGAGGGCGGCGAAGGAGGUGCUGGGGUGGACGAGCACGACGAACCUGCCAGAGGACCUCAAGGAGCGGUACGCCGAGUACGCGAGCAGCGGCCGGGGCGAGAAGGCUAUGACCUUCGACCUCGACGACAAGGUCCUCGCCGCCUUGGGGAAGGCGCCGGCGAGCGUCAGUGUAUAAGCAGGCAGUGCCAGCGAGUCAGCCAUGCAUCAACGACCCCCUUGACGCCGGAAAGCCAAUUUUUUUUGUGGAUACACUGACUGCCCAUCCUGGCACGUUGCAAAGGAAAGGACAAAUAAGAGCGAAUUUUUCUAGUGCAAAUAAAUGAGUGCAAAAACUGUUAUACAUGCAACUCUGAUCCAGUGCAAAUAAAGAUCGUGAUUAGUUGCUCA